AGAGAGAGAGAGAGAGAGAGAAAGAGAGAAAGAAAGAAAGAUCUCUAAUAAAGAUGCACUUGUACUUUUAACUCAGGGAUCGUAAUAGAAGACUAGGCGUACUUUAUUUUAAUCAGUUAAGAUGUGGAGAUAUUCCAAACUGUUUUACAAUAGAUACGUAGUACAAAAGAGAAGUAUUUUCUCCAGCAGUUAUAAAACAGCAGGAGUAGCUUUGAAAUCCACUGAUAUAGUCUCUGAGGAUCCAGAAUAUGCACUUCCUAAGGAAGCAAGAGUUGUCAUAUGUGGAGGUGGAGUUAUGGGAGGUGCUGUGGCAUACCAUUUAUCCCUUAUGGGAUUAGGAUCAGAGACUAUUUUAGUAGAAAGUGAUAGACUAGGAGGUGGAACAACAUGGCACACAUCAGGAUUAGUAGGAGCUUUCAAGCCCAGUAUAGCUCAAGUUAAACUUGCUCAAGACAGUAUUGCUCUGUAUAAGGAAUUGGAGAAAAAAGGUCUUACAACAGGAUGGAAACAAUGUGGUAGUCUUUCCUUGGCACGUACAAGAGAUCGUAUGACCACAUUUAGGCGAAUGAAGGCACAAUCUGUAUCAUGUGACAUUGAGUGCCACUUAGUCUCACCAGAAGAAAUUAAGAAUUUAUGUCCACUACUACAUAUUGAUGAUCUUGUUGGAGGAUUAUGGAUUCCUGGAGAUGGUGUAGGUGAUCCCUAUCAGAUUUGUUUAACUCUAGUUCAAGAAGCGCAAAAAAGAGGUGUUGUGGUAUAUGAAAAUUGUGCAGUUAAAAAAGUUAUUAACCAAAAUGGUCAAGUAGAAGCAGUAGAAACAACACAUGGUACUGUCAAAUGCAAGCAUUUUGUCAACUGUGCUGGAUUCUGGGCACGGAGUGUGGGUAAACUGAGUGAGCCAUAUGUAAAGGUACCACUUCAUCCAGUAGAACAUUACUACAUGCACACCAAGCCUAUCACUAAUUUAGAUCCCAUGACGCCCGUCAUACGCGAUUUAGAUGGAUAUAUUUACUUUCGAGAGAAUAAUGGGCGUUUGUUAGCUGGUGGCUUUGAACCGGUGGCAAAACCAGCGUUUGAAGAUGGCAUAAUUCCUGAAAACAAAGACAAGCGAUUUUUACCGGAGGAUUGGGAUCACUUCCAUAUCUUGCUGGAGCAGAUGUUACACAGAAUUCCGAGUUUAGGAAAUGCGGUCCUGGAGAGACUCUGCAACGGGCCCGAGGCGUUCUCUCCGGAUUGCAAAUGGAUCAUGGGGGAGGCUCCUGAAAUACGUAAUUAUUACAUCGCAGCCGGAAUGAAAACGGUCGGGAUAUCCGCUGCCGGCGGAGUCGGUCGUGCCACGGCGGAGUUGAUAGUCAAUAGUUCGACAUCAUUGGACAUGUACGAGUUGGAUGUCUCACGUUUCCUCGGAUUGCAUAACAAUCGCAAAUUCUUACGCGAUCGAGUGCGAGAGGUACCCGGGAUGCAUUACGCGCUGCAAUAUCCGCAUCACGAGUUUAAAACCGGCAGGAACUUGAGGAUGUCUCCGAUCUAUCCGAAACUUCGAGAUGCGGGCGCCGUUUUCGGCCAAGUCAUGGGCUACGAGAGACCAUCCUGGUUUCAGCCGGACGAUGACGAUCUGGAAUUUCCCAAUGGGUUUCAAAGAUAUAAGGUGGCUUACACAAACACCUUUGGCAAGCCUCCUUGGUUCGACCAGGUCUCGCAGGAAUAUGCCGCUUGCAGAGAGGCAAUCGGUUUGAGCGAUUACUCCUCUUUCACCAAAAUCGACUUAUGGUCAAACGAUACGGAAGUAGUGGAUUUACUACAAUAUUUGUGCUCCAACGAUGUGGAUGUGCCCGUAGGAAGUAUUAUUCAUACCGGCAUGCAGAAUCAUCGUGGCGGCUAUGAAAAUGACUGCAGCUUAGCACGAAUCGCGCCGAAUCACUAUAUGAUGAUUGCCCCCACGAUUCAGCAGACUCGUUGCAAACAUUGGAUACACCGACAUUUGCCGGCGGACGGCUCUGUCGCUGUGUCCGACGUAACGUCAGCUUAUACCGCAAUCUGCAUAAUGGGCCCCGCGACUAGGCAAUUAUUAACCGAACUGACGGACAUAGAUCUGAAUCCAAAAAACUUUCCGUUCUUUACGUUUAAGGAGUUAGACGUCGGGCUUGCUAACGGUAUUCGUACAAUGAACCUAACGCACACCGGAGAACUUGGCUACGUGCUGUACAUCCCAAAUGAGUUCGCGUUACACGUGUAUACGAGGCUGAUAGACGCCGGGGCAAAGUACGGAAUGAAACACGCUGGUUAUUACGCGACGCGAGCCUUGCGAGUGGAAAAAUUCUACGCAUUUUGGGGACAAGACUUGGAUACAUUCACCACUCCUUUGGAAUGUGGAAGAUCCUGGCGAGUGAAAUUUGAUAAAGAAGUCGACUUCAUUGGCAGGGACGCUCUCCUAAGGCAGCGCGAGCAAGGAGUCAAACGCAAAUACGUGCAGUUAUUAUUAAACGAUCACGAUGUUGAGUUCGAUACAUGGUGUUGGGGCGGUGAGCCUAUUUACCGAAACGGGAAGUAUUGCGGAAUGACGACAACCACGGGUUACGGAUUCACGUUCAGGAAACAGGUGUGUCUCGGAUUUGUGCAAAACUUGGACUCGAAGGGUCAGCCGCAGGAGGUGACGAACGAAUACGUGUUGUCGGGACAUUACGAAGUGAAUGUCGCUGGAAUCAUGUACUCUGCGAAGUGCCACUUGCACAGUCCGAAUUUACCGACGAAGUUUCCCGACAAAGAGAGAGACGCUUAUCAUGCUACGCGCGAUCAGCAACCCGUAUAGUGAUUCUUCGCGAAUGAUCACGAAAUGAUGUGUAUACAAACUGUGUAUAUGUGUGUGUAUACACACAUAUACAUAAAUGUAUAUAUAUAUAUAUAGUUUUACUAAAUUAUUUAAUAUAAAUACCAAACUCAGAAGUGUUACACUAUAUUAAGAGAUCUAAAAAUCACAGUAAAAAUUUCAUAGAAUAAAGGACAUCGUUAGAUGUUACGUUGGAUCAAUCAUGUAUAUUAUUCAUCUUCGGCUAUAACUAUGCUUGUGUUUAAAAAAUGACAUUCAUAUAUUACACUACAUCGCUAUAUAUCAUUAUGUCACAGGUUUCUUUGAGAUAUUAUUGUACGCAUUCGAAAAUAAUCUCUAACUAAACAGGAUAACCAUUAAGCUUCUGCUCGUUGCAUAUGUAUGUAUAUAUAACUAUUUUCUGUACCAUAAAAAUAAACAGUAUAUUCAGCGUU